GUAGAUAGGUAAGUAUGUAGAUAGGUAAGUAGGUAGAUAGAUACUUUUGUAAAAUAAUAAAAUUAGGGACACACAAUUGUUUUUAAUGCAUAGUUUGAGUUAAACUUUAUAUGGUUAAGUAUGAGUAUUUAAUUCACUAACUAACAAAAGCCAAACAAAUACUACAUGAACACAAUUAAGUGUAAACUACAUAACCUGGCUGUCCUCAGACUUAGUCCACGAGUAGUGGGUCGUGUAGCGUAUGUAUGGGUUCUUUGCGGACCUAGUUGCUUGUUGGUGUCUCACGAUCUGGCAACACUUCGUUACUUCUCGUUACUUUCCCCCAAGAAAGUGCCUCGAAGCGUCUGUGCCUGUAGUAAAACACCAUUCUCACUGAAACAGUCAGGACCAGAAGAAUUUGGUGGUCUUGGUGUAACAGUGCAGUGGCGUUGCCCUGCCUGAUAGGGGCAACAGCAGUCUGGUGUGACAGCGUGCAGCGUGUGGAACAAAAAGAAGUAGCGUGUCAGAAAGCUAAGGGAACGCCCUAACUGCGGUUGUCUGGGAAAAACGCCGGUCUGUAGAACAGCAGUUUGAUUUAUCGCACGUGGGCUUUAAGUGUUGCUUCGUGGAUAGAGCAGCCAUGGCUAACUGUUUUUCCAUGGGGACUGUUAGGGGGAGUGUUUUGCCGCUGUUGCUGCUGUUUCUGCUGCUGCCACCGCUGCAAGUCCUGUCUCAGGAUGCUUUUGAUCUGAGUGAUGCUCUGAGUGACGAUGACAGUAAACCAGCUUCACCCACACCAAAAGACAAAAAAGCAGGAGGAGGAGCAACAGGAGGAGACUUUGAUUUGUCGGAUUUGUUCAAAGACAGCCACACCACCACUGCCAAACCAAAAUCAAAGCCUGACCCUAAAGUACCCAAAAGUACCACAGCUCCAGCCAAACCCAAACCUAAACCAGGUGAUGACCUUAGCCUGGCUGAUGCUUUGGACCCCAUCAAUGACAUCAACAGGAAGGACAAGGACAAAGGACAGGGAGGUGGGUGAAAGGUCUUUUUGAAUGUCUCAUGUUGGUCUUGUUUUAGACCUUGUGUGAGUAGUACAGUGCAGCGCUUUCGUAUCUUUACCUACAACGUUUUGUUACAAGAAAGUUCUGUAAAAAGUGUUACAUUGCCAAAUCAAGGAAUUCACAUAUAAACAUGUGAAACAGUGAGAGA